AUGGACGGAAUGGAUUAUGACCCUAUGGUGAUGGACGGGGAGCCCGAGCAGCCCCAAGUGAAGAUCUCUGCGGCCGACCACACGCACGUCGAUUUCGAGCUUUCGAAGACGAACCUGGCCUUUGCCAAUGCCCUAAGGCGAAUCAUCCAGGCAGAAGUGCCCACAAUCGCCAUCGACCUCGUCGAGAUCGAAACCAACAGCUCCGUGCUGGCUGACGAGUUUAUCGCCCAUCGCCUGGGUCUCAUCCCUCUCGACUCAAAAGGAGUCGCCGAGCUCAACUACUCACGAGACUGCGAUUGCGAGCAGUACUGCGAACAAUGCAGUGUUACCCUUACACUACACGCCAAAUGCACAUCCGACGAGAUCAUGAAGGUGUAUGCGAGGGAUUUGGUAGUGGACGGACGUCAUGCGAACUCCGUGGGAAGCCCCGUUAUCACUGACCCAGAUGGCUAUGGCUGCUUGAUCGCGAAGCUGCGCAGGGAUCAGGAGCUGAAGAUCAGCUGCAUUGCUAAGAAGGGAAUCGCAAAGGAGCACGCCAAGUGGAUGCCCACAUCUGCUGUUGGCUUUGAGUAUGAUCCUCAUAACAAGCUCAACCACAUUGAUUGGUGGUUUGAAAACGACACAGACCCUGCUGUUGAGUGGCCCAAGAGCAAAUACGCCGACUGGGAAGAACCCCCACAAGAGGGAGAGCCUUUCGACUACGAUGCAGUUCCAAACAGGUUUUACUUCGAGGUGGAGACAUCAGGGAGCAUGGAGCCUGACCAAAUUGUGCAGAACGGCAUUAGGGUGCUGCAGCAAAAAAUUGGCGGUUUGCUCAAGGGCUUGGACCCUAGAAAGUACGGCGGUGAUGAGGCUGAUUUCGACGGUCCCCGAAGUCCGGAUAUGAACAUGGACGGCGGUAUCACGCCCUGGCAAGACGGAGGGUAUACCACGCCCUAUGGUGGUGGCCAGACGGCGUACGGAGGUGGUGGCGGCGGCAUGACAGCUUACGGAACAACACCGUACGGACAAUCUUCUUGGCAGUGA